AUGCGUGAAAUCGUUCACCUUCAGACCGGUCAGUGUGGUAACCAAAUUGGUGCCGCUUUCUGGCAGACCAUCUCUGGUGAGCAUGGCCUUGACGGCUCUGGCCACGGCGGAAACACGGAAAACAAGGAAGAAGCGGACGCGUGUCUGAUGGGAAAUAAUAGCUACAAUGGCUCCUCCGAUCUCCAGCUGGAGCGUAUGAACGUCUAUUUCAACGAGGCCAACGGUGACAAAUAUGUUCCUCGUGCCGUUCUGGUCGAUCUCGAGCCUGGUACCAUGGACGCUGUCCGUGCCGGUCCCUUCGGCGAGCUAUUCCGUCCCGACAACUUCGUCUUCGGCCAGUCCGGUGCUGGUAACAACUGGGCCAAGGGUCACUACACCGAGGGCGCCGAGUUGGUCGACCAGGUUAUCGAUGUCGUCCGUCGUGAGGCUGAAGGCUGUGACUGCCUCCAGGGCUUCCAGGUCACCCACUCUCUCGGUGGUGGUACCGGUGCCGGUAUGGGUACUCUUCUGAUCUCCAAGAUCCGUGAGGAGUUCCCCGACCGUAUGAUGGCGACCUUCUCCGUUGUUCCCUCCCCCAAGGUUUCCGACACUGUCGUUGAGCCUUACAACGCUACCCUCUCCGUUCACCAGCUCGUUGAGCACUCCGAUGAGACCUUCUGUAUCGACAACGAGGCUCUGUACGACAUUUGCAUGCGCACCCUUAAGCUCUCUAACCCCUCUUACGGUGACCUGAACCACCUGGUCUCCGCCGUCAUGUCCGGCGUCACCACUUGCCUUCGUUUCCCUGGUCAGCUCAACUCUGAUCUGCGCAAGUUGGCCGUCAACAUGGUUCCCUUCCCUCGUCUGCACUUCUUCAUGGUCGGCUUCGCUCCUCUGACCAGCCGCGGUGCUCACUCUUUCCGUGCUGUCUCCGUUCCUGAGUUGACCCAGCAGAUGUUCGACCCCAAGAACAUGAUGGCUGCUUCCGACUUCCGCAAUGGACGUUACCUCACCUGCUCUGCCAUUUUCCGUGGUAAGGUUUCAAUGAAGGAGGUCGAGGACCAGAUGCGCAACAUCCAGUCCAAGAACCAGAGCUACUUCGUUGAGUGGAUUCCCAACAACAUCCAGACCGCUCUGUGCUCCAUUCCCCCCCGUGGCCUCAAGAUGUCCUCGACCUUCAUUGGUAACUCCACCUCCAUUCAGGAGUUGUUCAAGCGUGUCGGUGAUCAGUUCACUGCUAUGUUCCGUCGCAAGGCUUUCUUGCAUUGGUACACUGGCGAGGGUAUGGACGAGAUGGAGUUCACUGAGGCCGAGAGCAACAUGAACGAUCUGGUCUCCGAAUACCAGCAGUACCAGGACGCCUCCAUCUCUGAGGGUGAGGAGGAGUACGGCGAGGAGGAGCCCCUCGAGGCUGAGGAGUAA